AUGGCUCAUAAGUGGAGGGCAAGUCUGAGAGGUGGGUAUGAGUUUGUAAAGCCCAAAGUAGUUGACUAUAAAAAUUUAAGGAGAGAUAUCAACAGGGUUAUUGGUUAUAAAGAUGCCCAAAUGAUAGUAAACACAAUGAAUGACCGUCGAGCUCACUAUCCAAAUUACUCAUUUGAGUUUAAUUGUCAAGAUGAUGUUUUGGACUGUAUGUUUUGGGCUGAUGAAAUGGAGAAGGCAUAUUAUGCUGAAUUUGGUGAUGUUAUCUCGUUUGAUGCGACUUUCCGAACAAACAAGUAUCGAAUGGUUUUUGUUCCAUUUACUUACACAAACUUUAGAAAAAGGUUUUCGAAGCUUGUUUGGGACAUUAAUAUGAAACCUGAUGUUUUUGAAGUGAAGUGGGGUUUGCUUAUGAAGGAAUUCAAUCUUGAAGACACAAGAUGGUUUAAAGACAUGUUUACAAUACGUGAUUCAUGGAUACGUGGAUAUUUUAGUGAUAUUCCAAUGUGUGGUUUGAUGAAGACUACAUCGAGGUCAGAGAGUAUGAAUUCAUUCUUUAAUACAUAUUCAGAAAGUGGGAACUUACUUUUGAAUUUCAUGAUGAAUUACGACACUGCCAUUCAAAAGCAAAUGAAUACUCAACGAGAGCUUGAUAGGGCAUCAAAGAAAGCAUCAUAUAAAAUGCAAACACCUCGAGAAAUAGAACUGCAAGCAUCAAAGGUUGAAAUAAAAGCUGAAGAGAAAGAAAUAAAUUGA